UUUAUUACUCGUGUUAAUUUAUGAGUUUGCGCAUCUUUCGAUCCAUUUAAUCAGCGCUUAACUUUACGACGACGGACCGCUUUACCCAGGAGGAGCUGUUACCAUGGAGUCAUAAACAAUGGAACCGCUUUCAUUAUUGUCGCCUGAACUGCUAUUUUGAAGAGGUUGCGCUGAAACGGCGAUCGCUGUCAAUCGCCGCCGAAUUUCCCCUUAUAAAUUAUAUGAGAUAUUUUUUCGUAGUUUUACCUCCCCCUCUGUUUACUAUGGCCCAGGCACACUGGCCGAACAGGGCAGCAGUGCCCAGGGAAGUCCUCAAGUGGCUACAGAGCCUCGACUUAUCUUUUAGCCCGAUAAAUAUCCGCAGAGACUUUUCCAAUGGUUACCUCGUGGCAGAGGUAUUCUCCUGCUACUACCCCAACGAUUUCCAAAACCAUUCCUAUGACAAUGGGACCUCUCUCCCCACCAAAACAAGCAACUGGACUCAGAUCGAAAAGUCACUACAAAAACUGGGCAUCAGGCUGCCAAGGGACGUGAUUGAGGGCACAAUUCACUGUAAACCAAGAGCAGCUGAGAUUUUGAUCCAGGAGAUUUACGUUCUUCUGACAAACAGAAGAAUUCAGAGUUUCCAGGAUGCUGAAGCCGACUUCACUGACCGCAGUUACCAAGAGAUGCUACCUAUGGUUGCCCGAGCAACAGCCUCCAGGGCAAUUAAAAGCAACCUCCGUCUGAGUGAGGUGAUAGCUGAGCCCAGUAUCGAGAAAAACAGGCAAAAAGUUACGGCGAUCAUUGGCAUGCAUCUGCAGCAGAGGCGGGCUGAAAAAGUGGAGAACCCAGAACGCUUCAACAUAAAGCCGACUCUGGGAGAGCUGGCUGUCAGACUGCCACCGGCGUCAGAUAAAGCAGAAGGUGCUCUAUCAGACAGCAGUCAGCAGAUCCAUCAUUCCAAAGUACAGGCUGGAACCAGGCUCUGAGCUCCAAGAACUAGGAAGAGCAACUGCAGCUUGGAAAAUGUCUGCGUCAGAAUUCCUGAACUGGGAUGCUGGUGGAAGCUAGAGACUCUGGAAAUACUGUUAAUGAGCUCCAACCGAGGAUGUAGAUUUGGAUAUGGAGAGUAGAGACAUGUCCCUAACAAUACUGUAGGAGUAUGGUAUGUAUUUUUUGGUGGGGGGGGGGGGGGGUGGCUGGUUUGGUCCCUACCACUGUGGAAACCUGACAUGCACCCUUGACUCUAACAUUUAAAAAAUCAGGGCUGUGGUACUCCAGUCCAGACUUGAGUCCAAAUAGAGCUGUGGAAAAAAAGAGAGACCACAUCAAAAUUUUUUGUUUCAUUCAUUUUUUAAGUUAUGGGUGUGCAUCUGUGAACAAUGUUUUUUUUUUUCUUUUUGGAAAACUGCAGCCUGGUUUUUCUCUGUUUCUCAUGAAUGAAGGGUUUCUUUCUUGCUUUAUGGGACUUCAGUUCUGCUUCUAGGAGUCUGGUACGAGCUGCCCUAGCAGUGCACGUCACACCACUUACAGUUUCCUGUUCCACUUCAUGUCAUCCUACAAUUCAUGAGAAACUGUCAGAUAAGUUAACGGUCGUCUCUGGCAUUAGAAAGUCACUUCCAACCUUUACCUGGCUGGUUUCUGCUCAUUCCAAGUGUCUUCUACUUCACCUUGUUCUUGCAUAUAUUGCGGUCUUAGAAAUUUUUAACCUGGAAGCAUCUUGCUGCUUAGCGUAGUCUUCUGCCAGCAGAACCACAAUUAAACUAGAAUUUGAAGAUUAAACAAAUGUAGACUUGUUUAAAAAUAUAGAGUGGUCUCAUUUGUUUUCUACCGCUGUAUGAAUGGAUUCGGUCUUACACACUUAUGUGAACUUUGACCGGUCUUGAUUUGGACUCGAACACUUCAGACUCAAAACACUUUCCCAAGUCUAUCUAAGUCCAUAGCGUAUGUCUGCAGCCUCAGUGUUUUAUGACCAGCAUCCCACACGCACCCAUGCAGUUAACUCGCAUCCAUAUCAUGUCAGCAAUUAUCCGGCUUGCAUGCAUAAACCGCAAGGAGUUUCUGUGCAGGACAUCCAGUAAAAAUGUGGCAGAGUGCAAAUAUCGCAAAUCAGUGAUUAAUGAGAAACUGGCGCGCAUUCCAUUUUCUACCGACAUCUGGAAAGGAAACUUAACGACGAAUAUGACCCGUCGCCACGAAAUGAGUUUUAAGUCGCACUGGUAGAACUGCACCCAUAAGACUCAUUUCGUGGUGAUGGGUCAGAAAUGUGCACUGCUAGUGAACUCAGUUUGGCGAGACUAGAUAAGUGUCCAGUCAAAAUAUGUCUUACAUAGUAAUUUAGCAAUAGCUACCCAGCUAGCUUUCUGACAUCUUAUUAUAAUAAUUAUUGUUGUACUUUAUUAACAGUGGUAGUGUGAUUGAUCUGAUGGGAACAGGAAUCAAACCAACAAAUUUUCUGACACAAGACUCUUAACCCCCAUCAUGCAUAUUUAAGCCAUAAAAUGCUCACAGCACUUGUGGUUUUUUAAAAACAAUGUCAUCUGCAUUCUUUCUCCUGAAACUAUAUGUUGUAGUUUGGAUACUCCCAGCUUUCAUAGAUAUCAAACGCAGUGUGUUACGCAGUAGAUCUGAAACUGAACAUUGUUUGUGCAGAAAAUUGCAAAACCUUUCUUAAAAGUUUAAUAAAUUAAAAAAUAGCCUUGUAUUGUUGUACAUGCAUAUUCUUUGAUUCCCGAACCAAUUUAAAAUGUCUUCAGCUGGAUACAGCCAUGUUGCGAUGAACUUAAUAAUUACUACAGGAUGCACUGACGUUGUGAUUCUGUUACCUUUGUGUGUGACAAAUCAGUUAUUUCUUACUUGUAAAUAUGUAUUUCUUAGUUGUUGGUUAUUUUAAAUAAAUUAUUUGCAUAUUUGACUUAGAUUUUUAGUGUUUGAAUUCAGAUUCAUGGUCUAGAAUUGAACUUGUGUUUUUCCGAACUAGGACUUGACUACCCAUCUCCGGUAAUGGACUGGGUCCCAUCUCAGCCUUGGCCCCCUGUUGGACUAGGUCCUGACCUGGACUUGAUUUGUUACAGACUU